ACCUGUACAUCUAAACAAUUUGACCGGCCUAGCUGUGCACUGUUUUGUUGACUUAUGUGAGUGAAAGAAAAAAGAUCACUCUUGAAUCUGCAUCUAAAUCAGCCUCACUCACUCUCAACAGCAGCAGCUAACAGCUCAGAAAAUGAGGUAAUGAAGAUUGAGCUCAGAAGAAGAUGGAGUCUGAGAAUAGAUCAACAUCAUACAGAAGAAGAAGAAGUGGGAGUGAGCUAUUCAUAUGCUUCACAUCAAGAAACUCAUCAUCUGUAAAGGUAUGUUCAAAAUCAGCUCAAAGUCCAGGAAGAAACAGUGGAAAGUUUAGUAAUUCAUCAUCAUCUUCAUUGUCCUGUUCAUUGAGUAGAAGAUUAAGAAGUAAUGGUAGUAUCAAAGGGUCACCCAUGUUUCCAACUGGAAGUCAAAAGAAAAAGGGUUCAUCUUCAGAAACAACAACAGCAGCAGCAGAACCAUCAUCACCAAAAGUUACAUGUAUUGGUCAAGUCAGAGUUAAAACAAAGAAACAAGGUCAGAAGUUUAGGAAGAAGAAGUCUAAGAGAAGAGAUGUGAGUUUUAGAAAAACAGAUGAUGGGAGUUUCCAUUCACAGCCAUUACAACAGCAGCAGCAGCAACAAGAGUGUUUACCACAUAGGAGUCAGAGGUGGGUUCAUCUUCCAUUGUCUAUUUGUGAUGCUUUGAGAGCUUUUGGAGCUGAGUUUAGUUGUUUGUUGCCUUGUAAGCCUUCUUGUUUGACAAGGAGAAUGAAGAAGAGAAGGCAACCUAGUGGUACAGAGAGGAAUACUAGUUCUUGUAGGCAAAUUUUUGAGAAAUGGGUUAUGACUAGUUUACAUGAAAGUGAACAUCAAAAUAGAGAUAAUCAUAACAAUAAUAAUAAUAAUAAUGAGACAGAGUUAGUGGUGAGUAGAAGAGAAGAUGGAAUUAGAAGGGAGAGAAGAGAGGAAAUGGUUGGUGAGAUUGAGAUCCACAUCUCAGAAGAGAAAAGGGUUAGUAUCUGUAAUGAGGAGGAGGAAGAAGAAGAAGAAGAAGAGGAGGGAAGAGUUAGUAUUUGCGUUCCACCUAGAAAUGCUUUGUUAUUGAUGAGAUGUAGAUCUGAGCCUUUAAGAAUGUCUGCUCUUGCAAACCAUUUCUGGGAGUCUCCUGUAAAAGAUAAGAAAGAAGAGGAGGAUCUUCAGCCAAACAAACAAGUACUAGUUGCAGAAGAAGAUGAUGUUAGUGAUAGUGAUAGUGAUAGUGAUGAAGAGGAAGUUGAAGAUGGAGAAGAGGAUAAGGAUAGUGAUGAUGAUGAAGUUGAAGAUGAAACUGAAGUGAAAUUACAGCUCAUAAAUCCUAAAGAAGAUAAGUUGUUGAAAAAUGAAGAAAGUACAGAAAUUUCCUUGGAAGAACAUCAUGAAGAGGAAAAUCAAGAUAAUGCAGAAGAAAUAGUGGUGAAAAAGAUAGAAGAAGAUGUAAAUGAAAGUGGGUAUUCUGCUGUUGAGCCUCUUAAAGGGGAAGAAGAAGAAGAAAAAGAAGAAGAGCACGAGAUUCUUAAAGUAGAGGAAAAUGAAGAGGAACCCAGAUUGCAAAUGCCAGAAGAAAAAGAAUUGGUAGUUGAAUUGAAGGAAGAAAGAAUUGAAAGUAGGAGGCCAAGCACAUCUUCAAGAAGAGCUAGUUUUUCAUCAUGUACAAGGUCUAUUCAUGAAGCGGAAGAAGUAGAAGAAGUUAAAGAAAGAGAGCAAAUCCCAGAAGCAGAACCAGUAAAAGUGGUUGAUUUCGAAGAAAAGGUCAACAAUGCAACUGAAGAUAAAGCUACAAAGCCCAGAACUUCUGUAGAAAAAAGAGGUACAAUGAAAAUUAACAACCGAAAGAAUAGCGAAGAAGAAGAAUUACCUGAUUGUUUGUUGUUAAUGAUGUGUGAACCAAAAUUAUCAAUGGAGGUUUCAAAAGAAACAUGGGUGUGCAGUACAGAUUUCAUCAGAUAUAGACCUGAAAGAAGAGUGGUUCAAAACAAUGGUGGUGGAGGAGGAGAUCACGAUCAUUCUAAGAAAAGAAACAGUACUGAUUCUAAGGGUAGACACAGUCUUGAUUCAAAAACUAGACUCAGUACUGAUUCUAAAAGUAGGCUAAGUACUGAUUCUAACCCCGGUAAUGGUCGUCCACCACUCCACAGCAAACAUCAGAAACCACCAACACCUCCUAGAAGAUCUAUCUCCAAACCUACACCACCACCUUCAGUUGCUAAAUCUACGAAGCCAGCGCCACCACCUGCUAAACUUAAGCCACCAGUUGAAGUUUCUGCAACACCAUCCGCAAUGGCGACGGUGAUCGAACAGAAAUUAGUAAAUGCUGUAGCAUAUGAACCCUUAGUGCUGACUAGAUGUAAUUCAGAGCCAAUGAGGUCUUCAGCUAAGCUAGCUCCAGAAGCUUGUUUCUGGAAGAAUAUGAAGCUUGAACCUCAUACUCAAGGUCCUCCAAAUCUUGGUGUUGGCGCAGCUACUGGUAUUGGCUUCUAAAUAAUUCUGGCUAAUUCAAAGCCCAGCUUUCUUAGAGAUAAUUUGUAUUUCAUUAUUCAUUAGUUUGAAACUCUGCUAUCUUCUAUUGUUAUUGAUAAGUCCGCGUCUCAGUCCGGGCAGUUAAAGUGGUUUUUAGGGUUCUUUCUCAUAGCAUUAGUGAUUAGUGUACAUUCCCGCUUGUUUAAUGAAUUUAAAUUAUUUCAGUCAGAAAGCUUUCAGAAA